AUGACGAUGGAUCAGCGCGAGCUCGAUUCGAGCAUCAAGCAGCUCAAUAAGACCGUUCAGGCCAAUGACCCUCCCACCUCUGCUCUUGCCAUCUUGGAGCGCCUCAAGAAGGAGGCUUCUCCUACCGAGGAGAUGCUUCGGUCCACUCGCGCCGGUGUCUUCGUCGGCAAGCUUCGGUCGAACACAAACAAGGACAUCGCCCGCGCCGCGACUGAGCUCGUUCACAAGUGGAAGAAGCUCGUCGAGGCCGAGAAGCAGGGAAAGUUGAAGAAGCAAUCCUCCCCCGCCGCGCCCUCGCCUACCACCGCCAGCGCCCCGAAGCCCUCGUCUUCCAAGAAUGUCAACGAGCCGUACAAGGGUAACACGGAAACUCGCCGCGCUAAGUCCGAUGGCGCCAAUACCAAGCGUACUGGCGACACUGUUCGCGAUGCCUGCAUCGAGCUUCUCUACAACGGUCUCGCCUACCGAUCCACAGCCUCCGUCACUGAUGUCCUUGCCAAGUCCGUCGCCGUUGAGGCCGCGGCCUUUGCUCACUACGACGGCGCUUCUGGCGCCUACCGUGACAAGGUCCGCUCUCUCUUCAGCAACCUGAAGGUCAAGACCAACAAGGAGCUGGGUAUGAACGUCAUGGAUGGCAAGAUUUCGCCCGAGCGCUUCGUCAACAUGUCCCAGGAGGAGCUGAAGUCGGCCGAGCAGCGCAGAAAGGAGAACCUUCUCCAGGAGGAGAACAUGAAGAAGGCCCAGGUUCCCAUGGCCGAGAAGAGCAUCAGCGACGCCCUCACCUGCGGCAAGUGCAAGCAGAAGAAGGUCAGCUACAGCCAGGCGCAGACCCGCAGUGCUGAUGAGCCGAUGACGACAUUCUGUGAAUGCACUGUCUGCGUUCUCUUAAGCGAGUACUAUUUGCGUGGAGGUUCUCUUUUUUUCACAUUGACGGCGUGA